AUGCGAUUGUUCACAAAUAGUUCUAUAAGUGAUCUGAUGCAGCAGCCAGAUUUUAUUGAUUUACAGUUUAUUUUCAUCAAAGACCGUUAUGCACCAGAUGAGUUGUUAACAAAAUUUGACAUCGAUAUUAGCCAAUUUUCGUUCGAUGGAAAAAGGUUAUACUGUACGAUGGCUGCUGCUCAAGGAAUUCGAACAGGAACUAUAAUUCAUUAUGCUCUUCAUGAUGAUGAUGUCGAUUUUGCGUCAAUUGCCAUCCGAAUUGGAAAGUACGUGAGACGUGGUUUUCGACUGUUAUAUUCGGUUCAAUUUAACAUCAAACGGUUCGAUAUGACUCCAUUGUACAUUAGCAAAAAAUGCUUUCCAUUACGUCCCAGGUCAACAAAUCCUAUGCUGGAUCCGAUCGGAUCUGACCGGAUCCGACCAUCGAACAAAAUCCGAUUGGAUUCCUGGAAACGGAAUUGCAUUAUAUUCCGACUGGAAAAAUUCCGUCGGUUAUUGUAA